GGGGUCUCUGCUGCGAAACGCAGCCGGGGGCAGCACCGGUCGGCAGACGGUCGGGGCAGGUCAGAGGGGUGCUGCUGUGCAAGCUGGUCGGUCACGCGAACGCUGUGGUUUUUUUUUGGUGGUUACUGUUGGCCCCGUCCUGCUCAGAUCUGAGUAGGAAAAAUGAGCGGCGACAGUGAAGCCUGUGGGCCUGACACCCUGCAGGCCGAGGCCUCACAGCCACUUGACUCUCAGAGUGAGACAGCCAGAUCCAGACAGGAGCAAGAGGAAAAACUGAUCCUGGCUGCGUGGCGAGCCGUGCAGCAGAGCCUGUCUGAGAAGGACCUUGCAGCUCCAGGCCUUCCUCAGUCUUUCCUGGCCCAGCAGAGGCGCUCCACCCAGGCGAGGAGGGCCCGCAGCGCCCGCACGGAGCCCCGGCUGGAGCAAAACAUCAAGGGAGCCGCAGUCUGACCUUGAGCCACCCCGUGUAAAAGAAGAACUGCAGCAGUGUGAAGAUGGGCACGUAGAGGUCCAGGUCAUGACCCGGGUAACCCUGACCGGGGUCAAGAAACUGCCGGCCAAUCAGACACACGAGGAAAAAACUGUACACUGCCAGAGUCACCACCUGAGAGACAAACAGAGGCAUCCGAUCUGCGCUCAUGCAUUUUCUUGUGGCGCCCUCUCGUGGACACUGGUGGUAACUCUAGUGAACUGACAAGCUCAGCUCGAAAGAAGAAGUUACACAUUUAACUAAAGUAAAAACAUAUCUUGCGUUUGUAUUAACUUACUAAUGUUACAAAAGUUUUUGUUCUGAAACAUGAAAGUAUUUUAUAGAUUUUUUCUUUUCCAGAAAUUGGGUAUUUUGUUAAAAGUCUCAAAAAUAAAGAAAGUUUUUGUGUUUUUGUAAGUAACAUCAUUACCAUUUCAUUGUUUAAUCUUCCCAGGUGUCAUGUGCACAGCCUGGUGAGCCAACUGA